AUGGAGCACCAGACACAGCAGCCCGAGCAUGGAUCGCCGCUUGUGAGACGGUACAACGUGGAACGAUCAUGUAUCCGAUGCCACGAACGAAAGGUUCGAUGCAGUAAGACGGUUCCAUGCUCUGCAUGCCUCCGAGCUAAGCUUUCAUGUCAUUAUCCGGGUCCAGAGCGAACAAAGCGUCGCUCACGGAGGCAUGCCACUGCAGACCCCAACUUGACGCCUCGGUUAGAGAGACUAGAACGACUGAUAGCCAAAAUCCCCAAGCAAAGUUCUCAGAGUACAGACUACGACCAUGAUAUCAUCUCUGGGUCAAAAUCUGUGUCCGGACCUUCCUCCAGGCCUAGGCUGGAUGCAUCCCCAAAAGCGAGUCCCCAGGAGGGGCUUUUACUGAAAGACGGUGCUUCCACUCGGUAUAUAAAUGAGAUGUUAUUUUCAAGUGUCUUGGAAAAAGAAAGCGAACUCCAGUCGGCCAUCGACACACCUAGUGGUACUACUCCCGAGAGCAGAUCGACCAUAAUGGGAUUCGAUGGCUUGAUUUCAAACCCACUGCAGUCGGCACAUGAUGUCUCGUCUUUCUUACCCUCUCGUCGGCAAGCAAUGCUGUUAUGGCAGUCUUACCGGAAUAAUGUCGACCCUCUCAUAAAGGUUCUUCACAUCCCAACGCUAGAACCAGUCAUCUUUGCUGCCAUAAAUGAUAUCAAACAUGCCCCUCCAGACGUAACUGCACUUUUAUUCUCUAUCUACUUUGCAGCUGUGACGAGCCUAGGUUCCCCUGAGACACACAUCAUUGUCGGCCAUGAUCGACAAUCAGCGCUCCAAACAUACCAGAGGGGUCUGGAAGUAUCCCUGCACAUGGCAUCAUUCCUGGAUUUACCUACGAUAAGAUCUCUACAAGCGAUGUCUAUAUACCAGACGUGUCGCCGAAACAUUAGUGGUGGUCGCUCUGGCUGGACUCUGAACGGGCUUCUAAUCAGGGCAGCACAAUCAAUCGGCCUUCAUCGCGAUGGAGAGCAUUUCAAGCUAUCUCCGUUUGAAUGUGAAAUGCGCCGUCGGCUAUGGUGGCAGAUCAUCAGUACUGACGCUCGAGUUGCAGAAGACCAUGGGAUCUUGACCGGAGGGCUUGACAGCUUCUCUGAUACGAAACUCCCAGCCAACGUGGAUGAUAGUGACUUAUAUCCAGACAUGGAAACUGCACCAGUAUCAAAAGCAAAGUGGACGGAGAUGACGAAGUUUCUCGUAACAGCUGAGAUGAACAAAGCCAUUGGGCAGAUCUCUAGACUGUCUGCAGUGGGGCUCAAUAACAGUGACAGAGCGACCAGCCUGGAACAGAUUCUGGAUGAGGUGAAAACAAGCAUAGAAAGCAAAUAUCUGCAGUACUGCGACCCAAACAUCCCUAUACAGAGAUCGGCGAUACUAUUAGCCCGUGUGCAGAUUGGAAAAGUCGAAGUCUUCAUCCGCCGGCAAAAACUGAAAGGCCUCAGCUGGGACGACUCUGCGGCUCAAGCUGCUUGUGAACAAACGCUUUCAUUGGCAUGCGAUACCGCGGUAGUUGGUCUAGAAAUGAAGACAGAUGAGCUCUUGAGUAACUUCUUUUGGCUCUUCUCAAGUUUCCCGCAGUAUCAUAUGCUUACCUAUAUCCUGUGGCACCUUUGUGUUCGGCCAGAAGCCCCUGGAACCGAGAGGGCAUGGGAUGUAGUGAAUAAGUCAUUUGACUCAACUGAGGCUCCAGACUGGCCAAACCAUGGCCGGAAAUGGAACGUACUUCGCAAGCUCAGGGAGAAAGCACUUGAUGUCCAUCGUUCUCUACCAGCCAAGGGCGCGCAUGAAGGUUUAACACAUCCAGACGCUCCUAACCUACACUGUGAAAAUACCGGCGAAGGUACCUUCAAUAUAGCUUUUGGAGAUGGGACUCUCUGGGACCUAGACUCCUGCUUUCCAAAUUGUGCGGUAUUCAAUUCUGUGUCUGAUAUUGAUGGUUGGAACCUGUGA